AUGUCGAAACGUACUUCGACAAGCUCCAAUGCUGGAGGCUCGGCCAACGAUGUCGUCACAUGGGGAGCCGACAAGCAAAAGAUGCUGCUAUCGGCCGACGUCGGCCACUUCUCCCUCGUCAGAGCCAUGCACCUCGCCGACCUGAUAACGCUGAUGAACGGCUUCUGCGGGACAAUGUCGAUAUUCUCGUCUCUGCGGUACGCCCUCGGCGGGGAGGAUGGUUCGACGUACCAGCUCUGGCUGGCCCUCAUCUACCUGCCGUUCGGAUUCUUCUUUGACGCCUUUGACGGCAAGGUGGCAAGAUGGAGGAAGAAGAGCAGCCUCAUGGGACAGGAGCUGGACUCGCUGGCUGAUCUGAUCUCCUUCGGUGUCGCCCCCGCCAUGGUGGCAUUCAGCAUCGGACUCCGCUCGACCCUCGACACCCUCCUCCUGACCUUCUUCGUCCUGUGUGGCCUCACGCGCCUGGCGCGCUUCAACGUCACCGUGUCGACGCUACCCAAGGACGCCACGGGCAAGUCCAAGUUCUUCGAGGGUACGCCCAUCCCCACCUCCCUGGGCGUCGACGCCGUCAUGGCCUACUGGGUGCACAAGAGGUGGAUCCUGGAUGCCCUCCCCCUCGGCGUCUGGGCCCAGGGAACCCUGCUCGAGUGUCAUCCUGUCGUGCUCAUCUUUGCUGUGCAUGGCUGUCUCAUGACGAGCAGGACGAUUCGCAUACCUAAGCCUUAG